UCUGCUCAAAAUGUCCCGUCUUGUGUAAGAUAUACAGAUAUACAUGACCCUUUUCUUUGUCAUUUUGCAAGAGGAAAUUGCUGCACAUGAUGCAUACAUCUUGUAAUUUACAACUUAAUAAUUAAGGACAGAUUAUUUCCGUUAUUUAAUUAAUCCCGUGAGGAAGGAAGAUGGCUCCAAAAGUUCAUAUACUUCGAGAGGAAAAGGAGGACAUAUUUCAAGCCGUGCUUCUUGCGGAUAAUUUCGGUUACUCAAUUUUUGGACCGCAAUGGGCAGAGAAGCGAUAUCCGAACAGAAAUAUUUUUGGUGAUGACGACGAUGAUGAUGACGACGACAGUGAAUAUGGUGACGAUAAACAAAAAGGCGAAAAGGAUAUUACUCAAGAAGAACCAGAAAUUGACCCCAAUUUGUCACAAGAGUGCCUGAUUCCACUGGGAAAUAGGAAGCUGUUGGACUAUUCGUUGGAAGCGCUGACGGUGUCGGGGGUCCAAGACAUUUUUAUUUAUUGCUCAAGCGGUGUGAAAGGAGGCACAGCUAUCAAGGAUCACAUAAGGAAUUCGAAAUGGAGUGAUCUGAACGUGAAAAUUAGUGUAAUUUCCUCCGAAGAUUGUGACUCGUUGGGGGACGCCCUGAGAGAUUUAGAUGCAAAGGGAAUGAUAAGAAAUGAUUUUAUUCUGAUGGCUGCUGGAGUUUUGACAAACAUUGCACUUAAACCGCUGCUUGAAGAUCAUAGAAAAAUUAUGAAGUUGGAUAAAGGAGCUGUAAUGACGCUGAUCCAUAGGAAAAUGCCUGUAGGUCACAGAUCUCGAUCAGUGAGGGAUAAUCAGUCCAUUCUCCUUGAUCACAAUACAGGGAAGGUGCUGGCUUAUUCGAAUAAAAUUCAAGACAAAGGAAUGAAAAUACCAACUGAAAAUCUGAAACGAGAAAUGGAGGUUAUUCUAAAUACUGUCGAUACUGGGAUCGCUGUUUGUUCUUCCAGCGUACUGCCAUUAUUCACAGACAAUUUUGAUUUUGUCAGUAUUCAAGAUUUUAUAAAGAAUAUUCUCAUGAACGAAGAAGUGAUGGGAAAUACAAUAUAUCUUCGACAAAUGAAGACUGGUUAUGCAAAUCGUAUUGUGGAUUUUGAUUCUUUUAUGGGUGUAAGUCUUGACGUGCUCGAACGAUGGAGUUAUCCACUUGUUCCCGAUAUGCCAUUUGGUUCCAACCCAGGGGAUCCCGUUUAUCAUAUGGGAGCUAAUUUUGUUUAUAAAGUGGCUAAUGUUAUAGCAUCCAGAGAUGCCAUUAUUGGACCUGUAGCCGUUGUUGGAUGUGAAACUACCGUGGGUAAAUGUGUUACCAUCCAGAAUAGCUCCAUAGGAAGACGAUGUUUUGUAGGCCAAAAUUCAGUAAUUACAAACGCACAAAUUGGGGAUGGAGUUACUAUUGAAGAUGGGUGCAAAAUAGACAGAUGCGUCAUAUUAGACGGGGCUUGUAUCACACUUGAUCGGAAUAUGCCUCCAAAUAGUUUAAUUGUCGGUGAUCGCACAUUUCAAAUUCAAAACAACCCAACCGAGGACGACGAAUCUGAUGAGGAUGAUGAUGAUUAUGCUGCAAAUGGAAAGGACAACAUGAUGUAUGGUGGACACCAAGAAGCAGAUUUUACAAGAUUUUCGGAAGAAGUAAUGGAGAGCUUGCAUCGUGGAUUCACUGACAAUGUCGCUCUGGAUAAUCUAUUUGUAGAAAUUCAAGGAUCCCGAACUGCCAACUUUAUGUAUUUUGAUCAUGCUACCGUGGCAGUCAUUAAAGGGAUAUUAGGCCUUGCUCCUAGAUUGUAUUCAGACUUUCUUGAAAGUUCUUUGGUUAUUCAAUGGAACAAAACCAAAGUUAUCGUUGUAAAAUAUACAGAACUUCUCAAACUUUACGUAAAAAAUUUAGCCGGUCAAGAGAGCUUGCUAAAAACAAUUGAGGAAUAUGCCAAUGACUGUCCUUACUUCCGUCCCAUGACUAUGCAAUUACUCCAUUACUAUUAUGACGAAGAUAUACUCAGCCAAGACGUAAUAUUCAAAUGGUACAAAAAAGAAUCCCUGUAUGAAGCAGGCGCAGAAAUACGCAACAAGGUGCAAAAAUUUAUUGAGUGGCUCGAAACCGCAUCCGAAGAAUCAGAAGAUGAGUAAUAUACUAUUUCGGACAAUGUGUUUCAAUGAAUUUUAAUGUUUAUAACAAAGUAAACAGACGAAUAUACAUUAAACUUUCAUAAAUGAG